AUGACUGCUUUCAACAAGAUGAACAUUGGCCUUGAGCAUUUCAAGCCCGUCAGCUACCCUGUAACUGGUUUCACAAGAGCUUCUGUCAUACCAAAAGGAGCCAUGAAGCUGCCAGUGAAGAUUGGCCAUGAUGAGAAGGCAACAGAUUUGAUGGUAGAAUUCCUUGUAGUGGAUGUUCCGACAACUUUUAAUGCUAUCAUUUGGCGUUUGCGAAUUGAGGAUGCACAUGCAGUGGUGUCAACAUACCAUCUAACCAUGGUGUACAUGUCUAAUGCUGGACAACCAAAGAGUGUGAAGGACAGUCAGGAGUCGGCCCGCUCUUGCUACCAUACCAUGAUGAAGGGAAGAACACAAGUGCGUUUGCAUUCUGAGAUGACGGACAUAAACCCAAGUGUCAUGGUACAUCAUUUGAAUGUUGACAACUAUGUCAGACUAGUAAAGCAAAAGAAGAGAACAUUCUCGGUAGAGAAAAAUAGAGCCAUCAAGGAUGAAAUAGAUAAACUCUUGGCAGCCGAUUUCAUAGAACCAUGUGAUUACCCAUCAUGGUUAACCAAUGUCGUCAUGGUGAAGAAGUCAAGAGGAUAG